UGCGCCAACCGCCGGCGGAUCCAGCAGCUCCUCCGGGAGGACGGGCCGGCCGGCGGGGGAGGGUGCGCCAGGGCUCGCUCGGGAGCAGUGGCCGCCGAUGACGGCAGAGGUGCAGCCGGCCCCGCGCGCGCAGCCCCCUCCCCCUCGCCCUCCUGCCCCCCCGCCUCCUCUUCCUCCUCCUCCUCCUCCUCCCCGCUCGUCCGCGGCGCAGAGCAGCGGCGGCAGCGGCGGCGGCAGCAGCCACCCGAUGUCUUCGGCGCCCGAGAAACAGCAGCCACCGCACGGCGGCGGCGUUGGCGGCGGCGGCGGCGGCGGCGGGGGAGGCGGCGCGGCCAUGGACCCCGCGUCGUCCGGCCCGUCCAAGGCCAAGAAGACGAACGCCGGCAUCCGGCGCCCGGAGAAGCCGCCGUACUCGUACAUCGCGCUCAUCGUCAUGGCCAUCCAGAGCUCGCCCACCAAGCGCCUGACGCUCAGCGAGAUCUACCAGUUUCUGCAGAGCCGCUUCCCGUUCUUCCGCGGCUCCUACCAGGGCUGGAAGAACUCGGUGCGCCACAACCUCUCGCUCAACGAGUGCUUCAUCAAGCUGCCCAAGGGCCUCGGGCGGCCGGGCAAGGGCCACUACUGGACCAUCGACCCGGCCAGCGAGUUCAUGUUCGAGGAGGGUUCCUUUCGGCGGCGGCCGCGCGGCUUCCGAAGGAAAUGCCAGGCGCUCAAGCCCAUGUACAGCAUGAUGAACGGGCUGGGCUUCAACCACCUCCCGGACACCUAUGGCUUCCAGAGCUCAGCCGGCGGCCUCUCGUGCCCGCCCAACAGCCUGGCGCUCGAAGGCGGCCUGGGCAUGAUGAAUGGCCACUUGCCGGGCAACGUGGACGGCAUGGCUUUGCCCAGCCACUCGGUGCCCCACCUGCCCGCCAACGGCGGCCACUCGUACAUGGGCAGCUGCGGCAGUGCGGCGGCGGGCGACUACCCGCACCACGACAGCUCGGUGCCCGCCUCCCCGCUGCUGCCUGCCGCCGGUGGGGUCAUGGAGCCGCACGCCGUCUACUCGGGCUCCGCAGCCGCUUGGCCACCCUCGGCCUCCGCCGCGCUCAACAGCGGCGCCUCCUACAUCAAACAGCAGCCCCUGUCCCCCUGCAAUCCCGCGGCCAACCCCCUGUCCGGCAGCCUCUCCACGCACUCCCUGGACCAGCCCUAUCUGCACCAGAACAGCCACAACGCCCCAGCUGAGCUGCAAGGCAUCCCUCGGUAUCACUCACAGUCGCCCAGCAUGUGUGACCGAAAGGAGUUUGUCUUCUCUUUCAACACCAUGGCGUCCUCGUCCAUGCACUCCGCUGGCGGCGGCUCCUACUACCACCAGCAGGUCACCUACCAAGACAUCAAGCCUUGCGUGAUGUGAGGCCGGAGCCCACGGCGCCCCUGGGCAUGGGCCAUGUGGCACAGGGACCCCGGAACCCAACGCAAGAAACUGCUUUAUUCUCGAGGUAUAACCAUUGGCAGAAGAAAAGGGUUUGACUCCUCCCCAGUCGGAUUAUUUGGAAAGGAAUCCCCAUGGCAGAGACACAGCGCGGUGGGGCGCGGUGGUUGGCACCUCCUCCCCUGCUCCCUCAAAAUAAUUUUUUAAAAUGGUGGCGGUAGGGCCUGAUAUGACUGCAACUGUUGGUAAAUAAAUAUCUAUGUUUGAUCCAAUCGAAACCGGCUGAGAAGGUGCUGUGUUGGGGGGAAAACCCUCAACAUCUAAACAAAAAUUCUGCUGAGGUCUCUCCCCUCUCUUUCCCUCCAGUGGAAAAAGUGGGGGGAGAUUUUUUUUUUAGAAGAAGAAGAAAGGCAAACACAUGAGACCAUCAUUAUCAAAUACUUUUAUUUUUGGGUUGAGUAUUUAUCUUUUUAUUUUUAAUUUUUAAUUUUUUUUUUGGAAAGAAUGUCUUGGAAUGCGCAAGUCUCUUGUUAGAGCUGUCUUUUGCAGGGAAGGGGGAGCACGAAGUCGCGUUCUCCCUCCCGACCUCAGAAGUCCUCCAUCAACCACAGGUGGAUCUUUGUGCGGACAACUUGCAUUUCUGAAGCCACUGUUCGUCUUAAAAAAAAGAAACUAGAUGGAGCCCAGAAGCAGGCGGCUCUCCCGGCCUCCACCAUCCCCCCUCGCCGCCUUCCUCUUCUUCCUUCUCUUCAGUCCUUUUGGUUUUGUUUCGAAUUUUAUUUGGACAGUUUUGGGUGGCUGUUUUUCUCACGAGACCCGGCCGUUUCCUGACCUCUACUGUAAACUUUCUUGUGCGAGAGCAAGGCGAACACAGCGCGACGCGGGGACUGGGAAGGCCUGGUGAGCGCGCCAAUUCAGGAUUGCGGUGACGCAGAAAGGUUAAGGCACUUUUUUAAACUAUAGCAAGGCUCAUCCUGUUAUUUAUUCUUUCUUUCCCUAAUAACCGAAACACCGCAUAGGCUCCUCCGUUUAUCAGUAUUAAUGGUGUAACUUUGUUGGCAAUAUUUGCCGCGUAGAAUUUUUUUUUAGCUAUCCAUUGUAAAUUUGAAACAAAGUCCGAAACAAAUUUCCAUAUGUUUUAUAUAAAUAUAUAUAUAAAAUGAAGGACUAUCCUCCUUUUUUCUAGUAUUUUGGCUGCUGGAGUGCAGCGUUUGUGACACGUAUUUUAAAUUUCCUUCUGCACUGUAUAAAAUGACAAUUUGAGGAUGUUUUGCCUUUUGUGUAUUUUUUUUUCCAAAAAAAGAACAAAAAUAAAAAUGUAUAACAUUUGUAUAUGGCCUUAACAUUGUAUCAACUAGAAAUAAAAUCGCAUGAGUAUUUUA